CCAUCAUUCCCCAGCCGAGGAGAGAUCUCAUCUCGGCUCCUCCGCCGCCAUGCCUCCGUCCCCAUCCUCCGCCGGUGCAGGCGCCGCCUCGCCGUCCCCCUCCCCCUCCGCUUCCGCAUCGGCCUCCGACCCGACCCCGUCCUGGUGGGAGUCGGUCUCGCAGGCGCGGUCCCGCAUCCUCGCGCUCUCCUCCAUCCUGCCCCCGCCCGCCUCCCACGACGUCGCGGCGCUGGCGGACUCCGACCGCCCGGCCCGCGCGCUCCUCCGCUCCCCGGCCGCCUACGCGGCGCUCUCAGACGCGCUCCGGGCCGGCGGGGGCGCCGGCGACCCCGCCUGCCACUGGCUCUACGACACGCUCCUCUCCGCCGACGCCGACCUCCGCCUCGCCGCGCUCGCGUUCCUGCCCCUGCUCGCGGCGCUCUACCUCCGCCGCCUCCCGCCCCAGCUCCCCUCCUCGCUCUCCGGCUUCGAGGCGGUGCUCCUCGCCGUCUACUCCUCCGAGGCCAAGAAUCGUCAGGGGAAGCCCGUGCUCGUCCAGGUCCCUGACCUAUCCGUCCCCUCCCUGUACCACACGCCGGCGUCCACCCCCAGUUCGAAGUCUCCUCGCCGGCAUCAGCCGCCACUGAUCCCUCCUCCGCAGGCGACUCCCGUGGUGGGGGUGCUCUCGCCGCCGCUGGAGCUGCAGGCGGCUGUGAAGUCAACCAAGCGAGCGGGGAUUAUUGGAGUUGCAUUUGAGGCUUACUACUCCAAGAUUUCACAGAUGCCGGCUGCUUCCAAGGUGGAUGCCUGCAAUGCUGCUGCGGUGUGGGCGGGGCAGUACUGCAAAUGCCGGUUUGAGCUCGAUGAGAAGGAAUUGGAAGAAGAGGAGGGUGACUCUUUAGGGUCCGUGUCGCCAAUGUCGUCCGAGGCUGAGAAUGGGAAGGAACUUGUGGAGGAAUUGGCAAGGAUGCGUAUCUAUGGAGACCGCAGUGGGCGGAAUUGCCGUGAGGAUUAUGAUAAAGAGGCGAGGGUGCCGCUACCCUGGGAGCUUCUCCAGCCAGUCAUGAGGGUUCUUGGGCAUUGCUUGCUUGCACCACUGAAUCCAGUCGAGGUGCGGGAUGCAGCUGCAGGUGCUGUCAGGGUUGUCUAUGCCCGUGCAUGCCAUGACCUUGUGCCCCAAGCAAUCUUAGCAUCCAGAAGCUUGGUUGAGCUUGACAUGAGUGCACGAAAGGCUGCAAAAGAAGCUGCUGCUGUGGCUUCUGGGGCAAUUGUGGCUGCUGGCACUGAUGGAAGCACUGCGUUGAGCUCUAGGCCAAGUUCAAAGCCAAACACACCCAGCAAGCAGCGGAAACCUGACACACUACUCGUCUCCAAAUGAAGUCUCCAAAUGAAGUCAACUGCGCUACAUCCAGUAAGAAUGUUUGGUGAUGGUAAAGAGUUUCUUUCCGAUGAGUAUUGCAUGUAUGUCUGCCACUUGAAAAUUGAUGAAAAUUCAGUACAACUUGCAAUGCUUAAAAUGUUACCAUGGCUGGAAGACAGUUGGCUAAGGUUGUUUCCAACUUGGUGUUGUAUGUUAACUUGUUGCAUAUAGUUGAUGAAUCAACAUAUAAAUCCUGUAGUUGGUGGUUUAAUGAGGAGUAAGCGUUCAUACAAAUGCUGCAGUUAAUUGUUUUUGUUGUAAUAUUUAAUUGAGUUUUUUUUUUUUGCAGCUGUGUGCACAUAUAGUUUUUUAUGAAGAUGCUUUAUUGUACUUCAAUUUGUCCUUGUUCCAUUUCUAUGUAUACAAAGCAGUACUGAGUUUGGCUAAAAGAUGGACUGAUUAACCGGUUUAUUCCAGGGAAAUUUUAUAGUUCAGUUUCUGGUUUGAUCCACAACAAAGUAAUGUGUACCCUAUUUUUUAUACAGAAUAUUAGCAUUUCAAUGGAAAAAGAACUUCUUUUGCUA